GAACGCAAAUAUCUUCUCCAUGGUUCUCAAUUCGUUUCCUCUGUGCGUGACAGAGAUCGGAGUAAUACACAGAGACCGUGAGAGGGUUUUUGAGAAGAGGCGGCGGGAUGAACACGGAUAUCACAGCGUCGGUGAAGCCGGAGUACCCGGUGGUGGAUCGCAACCCGCCCUUCACCAAGACCGUUGGUAACUUCAAUACCCUUGACUACCUCCGCCUCUCCACCAUCACCGGCAUCUCCGUCACCGUCGGCUACCUCUCCGGGAUCAAGCCCAACAUCCGGGGGCCCUCGAUGGUGACCGGCGGCCUCAUUGGCGUCAUGGGUGGGUUUAUGUACGCUUACCAGAACUCCGCUGGCCGCCUCAUGGGGUUCUUCCCGAACGAGGGCGAGGUAGAACGCUACAAGAAGGCGUAGUCAACGAUGGCCGACCAAUCUUGUAAUCCUUUCUUGCCCCUUCCUUCUUUGUUUCGCAUGGAGAAUAAUGAGUUUGCUUUGUCCUUGAUUGUGGCACAAUUGCAGUGUGUUAGUACCAAAUAUUGAACUGGUUCCUACUGUUGGACUAUUUUGGUUACUUCUUUUUGCUGAAAUAUGAUGAUUUCAGCAGGUUAAGAAUGAGUUGAAGUUAAGGCAGCUUUCUCUGUUAUUCUGCUGAUUAUGUUAGUUGGUUCUUCUCGUUAUACAUUAAUGCG